AGAACCAAAGGGCGGCCUUCAGCGAUACACCACAUAUAGCCAAGUUAUUUUAGCUAAAACGAAAAAAAUCACUUUCCCUCCUUUUAGUAACCCGACGUGAGGUUUGUUUGGGGGAAAGAUUCAUUCAUGUGUUGACUCUUAGAAGUUAAUAUAAAAAACACGCAAACAUGUCCGGAGCGUGUCAGGACAGAAGAAGCCGCUGGCAGGAGAUUCAGAAGGGCCUGCAGUUCAUCCAAUCAACCCUCCCAUUUCCUGGAAGCCAAGAUCAGUAUGAGGUGUUUAUUAAGGAGCUUGUGUGGAAUCUUUUUGGAGAAGGAAACGACGUGUUCAAAGAAGGAGAAUGGACGAAGUCUAUUGAGAUGUACACCGAAGCCUUGAGUAUAGCAGAAUACGCUGAUUCAGAAGAUAUUUGCGUUCCCACAGGGCUACUAGAGAAGCUGUACGCAAAUCGAGCUGCAGCAUACCUUAAUAUUGUUCCGGGACUGUAUGACCAAGCAUUAGAAGACUGUGAAAAAGCUCUGCAGCUGAAUGAUGGGAACUACAAAGCACUGUACAGAAAAGCAAAAUCCUUGAAGGAACUGGGGAGACAUCAAGAGGCCUAUGAGGCUGUUGCCAAAUGCUCUCUAGCUGUGCCUCAGGAUCCCAGCGUCACACAGCUGACUCAGGACCUUGCCAAAAUUAUGGGACUGAAAAUCCGUAAAGCUUACGUAAGGAGUAAGGAGCCAGUUCUGCAUGUUAUACCUGCCUUGAAUGUUUUGCGUGGAUCGAGUUAUCAAGAUGCAUCACCUGAAAAGUUUUCUCAUGGCUCGUCUUCAGUUGAAGAUAUAGAAAUUGAAGUGCCUCAGCUCAACCAGGACAGCAGUGUUUUGGCCCCAGUCCCGUCUCCGAUCCAAGCUCCGGUGGCAGUGCAUUCCCCUCUGAAUGACGCAGUGGUGGAUGAACUCCCACCCAGCAACAGUAUUUCCUCCGUGACCCCGUCUGAGCCGCCGGGCUUCGAGUCCGUUCACCUCCCCGCGUCCACAUUUGUAAACGGAUGCAGAACCAAUAAGCCUUGCUCGCUGCUCGAAACCAGUCAGGAGUUUGACGCGGACAUCAUCGGGGACGACCUGGAUGAUCUGCUGGACCAAGCAGGACCUGAAUCACCCUUGGGUAUACCCACAGUGAAGGGGCCUCUCCCAUUGCCAACCAGUCUUUCCUCGGGCAGUUCCAUGUCAAGUCCAUUCCUAAUGCCAUCUCACAUCAGCCCAUUUCUCCACAGUAGUACCCAGCAGUGCACCGUAAAUCUGCCUCCUUUGUAUCACAAAUCGGGGUCAAGUGCGUAUUUUGGUAUGGACACUUUUGACACCCUCACCCAACCGCUGGAUUCACUGGAUAGUCUUUCCAUAUCGGACUUUAAAGCAGUGUCAGAAUAUGCUCCAGGUCCAUUCAUUCCACAGCUAAACAAUACUGAAACCCCUAUGGGAAUGGCCGUGGGUAUGCCUGAUGUCAAGGGCCUCCCUGCCGCUGUGGAUUUGGCAAAGAACCCCUUAGCUGACACGCACGAAUUCAAGCAAGCGUGUUCGAUCUGCUUCGUCAAAACCGGCCCCGGGGUGCUGGAUUACACGCUUCAUACUGAAGAUCAUAAAUGCAAAAAGGAUGCUUUACUUGGAAGAUUCAUUCAUUCACCAGACAAAUCAUGGAAGCUCAUACGACCCAGACCAACAAAAACCCAAUAUGUUGGACCUUAUUACAUUUGCAAAGAGGUGGCUGUUGGAAAAGAGUGCCUGUACCCUGGUCACUGUACAUUUGCAUACUGUCAGGAAGAAAUUGAUGUUUGGACUCUGGAGCGAAAAGGCUUUAUCUCCAGGGAGCUGCUUUUCGAUCCUUUUGGGCCCAGCUCCAACGUCAGGUUGACAGUCCCUAAGAUCUUACAGGAGCAUCAUGGGAUAUUCAUGUUCCUGUGCGGAGUGUGUUUUGACCACAAACCAAGAAUAAUCAGCAAAACCAACAAAGAUAACCCCUCCCUUUGCUCUCAUCCUGUGACAAAGCAUGAUUUUGAGGAUCACAAGUGCCUGGUCCACAUUUUGAAGGAGAACACAGUCCGUUAUUCCAAAAUCAGACCUUUGACUCCCUAUUGCCAGUUGGACCUCUGUCGACAUGAAGUCCGAUAUGGCUGCGUGAGGGAGGAUGAGUGCUUUUACGCUCACAGCCUCAUCGAGCUGAAGGUCUGGAUGCUGCAGCACGAGCUCGGUAUCACUCAUGAAAAUAUUGUCCAAGAGGCAAAAAAGUUUUGGAAUGCAACGGCUAUGUUGCAGGGAUCUCAGCUCUCCACCGUACAGAGAAGGUUCGGACCUCCAAAUCUAAAGAUGAUGUUUGUUUGCGGCCAGUGUUGGAGACACGGUCAACUCAAUGAAGCUGACAAAAACAAGAAGUAUUGCACAGCGAAGGCCAGACACACGUGGGCGAAAGACAGACGAGUGGUGCUCGUUAGUUCCCAUGAAAGAAAAAAGUGGACAACUGUUCGUCCACUUCCAACCAAAAAGCCAAUUCCUUCUCAGUUUGAGAUUUGCAUGCAUGUGACAGCUGGCAAGAAGUGCCAGUACAUUGGAAAUUGCACAUUUGCUCACAGUGCAGAAGAAAGAGACCUGUGGACCUACAUGAAGGAAAACAACAUUCCAGAUAUGGAUCAGCUUUAUGAGCAGUGGCUGCAGUCGCAGAAGCCGGGCUGGGGUGAAGAAACCUCCUCCAACUCUAUUAGGGAGAAUGGCAAACAGAUCCACAUGCCCACAGACUACGCUGAAGAAGUGGCUGGCAAUCACUGUUGGCUCUGUGGUAAAAACUGCAACAGCGAGAAGCAGUGGCAGCAGCACAUCACUUCAGACAAACACAAAGACCGAGUUUUCAACUCUGAGGAUGAUCAAAACUGCUGGCAGUAUCGAUUUCCCACAGGCACUUUUAAAGUUUGUGAGAGAUUCCUCAAAGGAACUUGCACAGAAGACGACUUGUGUAAACUGGCGCACGGGGAGCAGGAACUAAAAGAAUGGAUGGAGCGCCGGGAAUUCCUUUUGAUGAAACUUGCCAAAGCCAGAAAAGACCAUCUUAUAGCACCAAAUGACAAUGAUUUUGGAAAAUACAGUUUUCUCCUAAAAGACAUUAAAUAAUAAUAACGAUAUCCAUGUUCACAUGCAAAUAAUGCAGUAUUGUGCGGCUUAAAAAAGUCUUGAAUCAGGUGAUCCUUGAGGGCCUUUCGAGGUACACAGGAAAUGGCCUGAUUGCAGCAUGAUUUUAAAGGGGGGGGGCGUCCAGGACCGGGGCCCCUCCCCCUCUGGUUUGGCGGGUGGUUUACUCUGAUCUGAACCCCAGAGUGUUAUCAUUAACAGCAAAUAGACACAUGAAGCUUUUGCUAAGCACCAUUCAGUAGAUCCUCUGAAAACGGUGAUUAAAAAUAGCAUGUGUAAACCCUGAUCAGAGUUGUGUUCAAGUACUUAACGUUGACAUACAGUAAUUUCUUUUCAUAAGCAGUUUGUAUAUGUUAAUGACCUUAACCCUUCAGUUCAUUUUAAGAAAGGAAUACUUAAAUUCAGACUUCAGUUGACAUUCUCUUAUUUUAAUCCAUAAGUAUAGGUCAUUUUAACUUUCCAUUUAUCUAAUAGUGUUACCAGUGUAAUGGGCACCACACCAAAUAAAGCUUCUUUUUUAAUA